UUGCACGCCACCUGCAUUGAGCGUGCGCGCCGCGGCAUAGUUCCCGGAAACGAGUUGUAUGGGGCGGCGCCGUUCCUUGUUCGCCAUACUUGCACAGAGCAGAGCGACAGAAGCACUUAUUCUUCAAGCGCCUGGGGAAAAAGCAGCAGGAAAACGACAUGGCUGAGGAUGAUUUGACUCCGGAGCAGCUUGCAGCCAUCGCUGCGGAAAAUGACGUGGGCGAGACGGUCAACUACAAGCCCCCGGCCCAGAAGACCCUGCAGGAGAUCCAGGAGCUGGACCAGGAUGACGAGAGCCUCCGGAAGUACAAGGAGGUUCUGCUAGGAGCCGGAGCUGCUGCUGUCGCUGAUCCCAGCGUUCCCAACGUCCAGGUGACACGGUUGACACUGAUGUGUGAGACUGCCCCGAACCCACUGACCCUGGACCUCCAAGGAGAUCUGGAGGCCUUUAAGAAGCAGUCCUUUAUCCUGAAGGAGGGAGUGGAGUACAGAAUAAAGAUCAGCUUCAAAGUGAACAAGGAGAUUGUUUCGGGACUCAAGUAUGUCCAGCAGACCCACAGGAAAGGAGUGAGAAUUGACAAGUCAGACUACAUGGUGGGGAGCUAUGGGCCGAGGCCAAAUGAGUACGACUUCCUGACCCCGCUGGAGGAGGCUCCUAAAGGCAUGCUGGCCCGCGGCACCUACAACAUCAAGUCCAAGUUCACCGACGACGAUAAGCACGACCACCUUUCCUGGGAGUGGAACCUCAACAUCAAGAAAGACUGGAAAGACUAAGAAAGAGGCCUUCAAAACCAAACCCCACAACCAUGUCCCCAUUUCUCCAUGAGUUUAUUUUCUUCUACUUCAUCCCAUCCUCGUGUCUUCAAUCUUCAUUCCGACCCUUCCAUCCCUCUCUCGUCUCUCCCACGUUUCUCCCCAUUUAUCCGUCUGCAUUAGUAGCAGCAGCAGAAGCAACGGCCCCCUCUGUCCGUCCAUCCCCCCCCUCUGCUUUCAUUGGUUGCACAAAGUCCACCAUAAUUGAUUCACUGUCCUCAACCUGCCAGUGCAGUCAGUAAUGUGAUUUUGCCGUGUUUUGUAUAUACAUAUAUAUCCACACUAUGAGUUUGGAAUAAUAUUGUUAAAAUUAUGAUAAUGCCCUUUCAGUGUUGGAGCUGUUUGAAAAGACUGCCUUGGUGGGAUGGAGUUUUGGCCCCCUGGUGACUUCACCAGUCAGUAAAUUAGUUAAUAGACCAAUAAAGAAGAGUUCCAAACCUCUCUGCCAAUAACAGCUAGUUUUGCCUUCCCCACUGAGGCCACUCCCAGACAGCCCUAGCCAAAUUCUUGCUUGAGAAAUUGCUCUUUGCUAAGAAGCUAUUUUUGGUUUUUUUGGCCAUUGUUUUCAAUUAAAAUCACAGUAAGGUACUUAAUUGUUACCCAGAAAUGAAUAGAUAUAUAAAAACGGCUGAAUUGGACCUUUUUAAGUCUCUCAUAGCUGUACUGCCCAGGAUCUGUCCUCCAACCCCCCACCCCUCAUGGUUUGUCCUGCUUGAAGAGAUUAAACACCCCUUUGCUCCCUAAAUGGUCUUCCUGUCAGUAAGAAGUACACGUGGAAAAGCAAGUGUACAAUCACCUUUACUUUAGCCUUUUUUAUAUAUAUAUAUAUAUAUGAAUACUAGUAUACUGUGGCUUUGUUCAUGUCACUGUUGAUAUUAAUCAGCUUUUAUGGUCAUUCCUUCCCCGCCAUCUUGUUCUGCCCCCUUUUAGCAUUCCUUUGCUUGCCUCCUUGCUAGUUGUUUUUUUUAUAUAUUUUACCAAGACCUGCCUUGUUAAAGAUAUUCUCCUGAACUUUUGUAUUAUUUUUUUGCCAGUGGUUCUGAAAGUAGCACCCAUGAGCCAAAAGUAAUCCCCAAAAUUGCAUGUGUCACAAAUGUGCAGAUAUGUGCACUACGUCAUUUCUCUCUCGCUCUAUUGUGUGUGCGUCUUGCUAGCCGUCACUGGUGAGGGGCUGAAGCUCAUUGGCUGAAACUUGAAUUACUAAGGGGCUUGCCCAAGUGGGGGUGAAUAUAGGGAGAAAAGUUCUGGAGCAUGUCUUUUAAACAUACAGUGAAUUAAUAAUGAGCUACUUUACUUCAGCUCCUCCAACCCCCCUUAAAUGUAUUAACCAUUUCCUCUUACAUGGGGAUUUGGGCCACGGUCACCUAAUGUAGCAGGUGUAAAAAAAAACAUCUGAAACUAGAUCUCCUACAUAAGGGGUAUUCAACUCUUACCCUACGAGGUCCGCAGCCUUGUUAAUGUCCAAAAGCGGAAGUCCAUUUACCCUGAAAACAGGAACUUCCAGUUGUUGGGGACUCGGCAGAGGCUAGGGCCAAGGAAGUGAAAGAUAUCAUAACAUUGGAUGAAAAAAAAGGGCGUAAGCCCUAGUGCUGCCUUAUACCGAAAUAUCAAAAUAAUCAGUUUAACUCACCAAUAAUCAGUUUACUACUCUUGCGCAGUUAUCAUGGUGGUGCACUAACAGAUGGUGCAUGACUUGGGCUGUAUGUUGUAUAUUUCAUGUGGUGCUUGCCAUCAGGUAGACUCACUCAAGGGCAUAUUGUACUAUCAACUGUUCACCAUCUUAAUCUCUUUGCUAGUUGUGAUUCUCCCUGUAAAGUUUACACACAUGCUGCUCCUGGCCUGUUUUGUCUAAACUCAACCUCCGCUAAACACAAGUAAACAUGGUAGUUAGAAUGAGAAUAGAAUACACCACCUAGAAUUUACCAAUGUGUUUUUUUCCUUGCCCACCCCAGCAGGCCACGUCAUCAUUAUUGAUAACACACUUGUGUUCCUUAGCCAUGAGGCCUUAUCGUCGACUUUGAUCGCGUGAAAAAGAAAGACCACGAUUUUGUAUUUUUUUUUGCCUUAAUGUACAUCAAUCCCAAAUCCAAUUUCCCUCCUCCCCCCUCACUCACAUUUUGUUACGACCCUUAGAGCCUGCUGUCGGAGGUCAAAUGAGAUGACAAGUACCAGAGAAAGCACAGGAGUAGAGAAUGACUCACCGUCUGCUGCUGGAGACAUUGACGGUGUUUCAACUCUCAUUAGGAACAGGAGCUGGUAGGGUUAAGAUGUACACCUCCACAGUCAGGCCCCAGCCUUUGCCCAAUGACAUAUUGACGGAAAGAGACGUUGAUGGAAAAAUUGUAGCGUUUGCACAGAGUAGGAUGUGCUAGCAGAAAAUGCGUGAUACUGUUUGAGUAUGUUAAGAGGGAGGGAUUUUGGAUCAGAAAGUGGAAUUGACAUGUACUGUACCCUAAGCAUAUGGAUGUAAAAGUGUUUCAGAUAUUGUGAAUGAUCUUAUGCUUUCCCAUACAUUCCUUCACACAUUGUACAGUUUCAAUGAAGAUGCUGGCAUGCUGGUGGGGUUGUAUAAAUAUUUGAUCAUUUGUGAUUGCUCUUCUUGGACAAUAAAGAUGUUGCUCAACUUGG